AAGUGGAAGGGCAGUUACUCACCCAGCAACAACCAGUCCCGCGCCGCUCCUACGCUUCCCGGCCCCACGCCCAGUGCCCACGCCCGCUACGUAACGCAACCACCCACGUCCGCCGCCCACCUCUCGCGCAUAUCCUCGCGUAGCACCAACGCUCCACCACCACCCACCAACACACACGGCGGGCACCCGUCGUAGUCGUCGUCGUCGUCGUCGUCUUUGUCGCCCGAGGCCAUGCAUACCAACAUAUCGCCCGCGUCGCCCGCCUCGGUCUCGGCCUCAUCGUCGUCGCGAAAGCGACCCUCCCCCCCCUCCUCCGAGUCCACCACCACCACCACAUCCAAGAUUCCCGCGCCCACGACGAACCAGGCCACGACGUUCACUACGCCAGAGGGCCGGAAGAAUUCCCGCAGCGGCCCGAGCAAUGGCUCCACCGUCAUCAGCAGGAGCAUCCAGGCGUGCAAUCGGUGUCGUGCGCGAAAGACUCGAUGCGAUCAGCAGUUUCCGAGCUGCUCGGCGUGUUCGAAGGCCGGUGUUGAGUGUGUGGGUAUCGAUGCGGCAACUGGAAGGGAGAUUCCGAGGAGUUAUGUCGACUGGCUCGAGAAGAGGGUCAAACAUCUCGAGAUGGAACUGAAAUUGGAGCAUCAUGCGCCGGCACCGCCGGCGGCGGAGGAGGGGGACGGCCGUGGCAGGAUUGAUCCGAUGCUGCAGCCGGCGGCUGCUUGGGGUGAGGAACGGACGGCAGAUGGGGGAGGUGGAGGAGGUGGAGGAGGUGGAUGCGGAGGCGGAGGUGCUGGGCAGACGGUGGACACGGAUGUUGGCAGGAUGCAGGCACACAGGGACGAUACACCCAGGGACGAUAGGGACAGGAACGAUAGUGGGGAGAGUAGAGCGCUGCAUCUACGACCUGAUAUCGAGAAUCUGGUGAAUCAGGUCGGGCUGGUUGGCGUGCAGGGCACAAGUGCUCCGGGUUUCAUGGGUGGAAGUUCCGGCAUCUCUUUUGCACGACUUAUGUUCUCGGCGGUCAAAUUGACCAACAAGGACUCCGAACGAGGGGCGGGAAAUCCUGCGCCGUUGUUUGCGCCUCAGAACUCAGCCCCGGACUCGAUGAAUACUCCGGAUCCCGUCGUGUCGUCAACUGUCGUCCCGCGUAAUCGACAGCGUGCAACGCCGUGUCCGUUCCCGACUCGGGAGGUUGCCGAACAGCUGGUCGAAAUAUACUUCCAACAGGCUAAUCCGCAGUUUCCGAUCCUGUUCCGGCCGACAUUCGACGUCGUGUUCCGAAGGUUAUGUGAUCGUGUGGAGCUGGAAGGAGGCGCUACAGUGCCCGCCGGCAGCGGCAAUCUCCAGACCGACAGGAUCCAACACUGGGCGGACCUCUACUUCGCAUUCAUGUGCUUCGCAAUUGCUUCAGCAAUGUCUCAGAGCACCGAAAACCUGCCGGAACGGUACCACGCAUCUGCGAUGCAGUACGUAGACUACCUCUUCAUGUCAGCCUCGUUCUCGAGCAAUAGGUUGGAUGGGCUGAAGGGUGUUUUGCUUCUGGCUCUGUAUUCCCUGAUGAGACCUUGCAGUCCCGGCGUGUGGUAUGUCCUUGGAUCCGCGUUGCGGCUGGCGGUGGAUAUGGGGUUGCACCAGGAGAACACGCCGAAAGCGGAGAAGACGUGGGAUCCGGUGGCGCUCGACGAACGGCGGCGGUUGUUCUGGUGCACUUAUUCCCUCGAUCGGCAGGUGUGCGUGUACCUCGGCCGGCCGUUCGGAAUGUCGGACGACGCGAUAAAGACACCGUUCCCGGUCGACGUGGACGACGAAUACAUCACGGUCAAUGGGAUCCUGCCUCAACCGUUAGGCAGAAAGUCAUCCCGUACGAUCUCGUUGCACAUGUUCCGGAUCCGGAGGCUGCAGAGUGAAAUACAGCAAAUCCUCUACCAGACCACCGAGAUCCCGCGGAGGUUCCAGUCGCUCGAGGGUUGGCGUAGGGAUAUGGAGGCGAGACUGCAGCAUUGGUACGAUACCACGCCAAAAUCGCAGGAUGAGGCGGGCUGUGGGUUCAACCUUUCGUUUGUUGAUCUGAAUUAUCAACAGACCAGGCUACUGUUGUAUGGCCUGUGCCCUGCGGUUCCACUGCCUUCCUCGGAGGCAUUCGAGAUCAUUGCGGACUCGGGGAGUAAGAUCAUCAAAGCGUACCGCCAUCUCCAUCGGGAAAAGAGCAUAAACUACACCUGGCUAGCUUGCCACAACCUCUUCAUGGCCGGAACCUCAUAUCUCUGCGCGCUCUGGCAAUCACCUGAUGUCCGUGCCGCCACCACGAUCGACCAGAUCGACUUCCACACACUAGCCUGCAUUGACGUGCUCUCGUCGAUGAUCGAGCGCUGUCCCGCAGCACAGACGUGUCGCGAUGUGUUCGACUCCCUCGCCUCCUCGACUGUCCGCCUCUGCAGCGACGAGAUAAUGCGGCCGCGCUCGCAAACCUCGAACCACUCGCACUCGGGCCACAGAGCAAAGCGGUUCCGUGUCGACUCCCCCGCCCCCCAGCUGGAGUGGGACUACUCGGCCCCGCAGAUCCCCGCCAGUCUCGCGAACCUGCUGCAUCCUCCGCCCCCUCCGCCUCCGCAACAGCAACAGCAACAGCAACAGCAACAGCAACAGCAACAGCAACAGCAGCAGCAACAACAACAACAACAACAACAACAACAACAGCAACAGCACCAACAAGAGUACAGAUACGAAUACCCGCAGCAAGAGCUCGACCCCAUCUUCCGGAUGCCGCUGGGUACCGUCGGCGCGGGCAUGGACGGCAGCAGACUUUUCGAGAUGAUACAGGAAGUGGGAAGCAGCGGGGGCGUGGCGUAUGGAUUCGGUCUGGAGAAUAUGGGCGGACAUGUGUGGGAGGGCACAGGGAGCGGGUGGGUGUAGUGGGGGUAGGUAAUGUGUGACAACGGGAGGG